GGACGCUUAUUGUUUGCGAUAAAAAGGUGAGACACUGGAUCACUGUGUCUUCACUUGGUCGCGAAUACUUCAGGGGACACAUCUCUCGAAGGAAAUAUGGCAAAAUUAGUACUAAUUUCUCUUCUUGUCGUGUUAGUUGCUGCAGUUCAAGCUGCACCGAUUGACAAGUUGACGUUAAAGUUCAAAAUUUCGGCGAGGGAUUUGCCAGAUAAGGACGACCUGGGAACUAGUGAUCCUUACGUUGAACUCUCUUAUACGGAGGAUAAUGCCAAAGAGGAGACAAAACUUGGGACAACUUCAACCUUGACGGACACAGAGAACCCUGAUUGGGGCGAUGUCUUUACUUUCGAGUUUGUGAGGUCGAAACGUCAGAGAUUUACUCUUCGCUUGUACGACGAGGAUAAUUUGAGAGAGGAUGACAAAAUUGGUCAAGUGUACGUCGACGUUGCAGAUUUUGUAGAUAAGGGGCAACAUCUUAAUGCGAAUUUGAACAAGAAAGGUUAUGUAAUUCUCGAAACGGUGAUUCCUGUCGUGACCCCAGCACCACCCGUGCAAAAUACUCCCAUCGCCUCCAUCCUGCCUGUCACACCCACGCCCGCUGCAGUGCUCGCCGCACAACAACAAAGCUUGCCCCUUAAUGCUAAUACACCGACCAAGCUGCAAUUUAAACUCUCUGCUAAAGAUUUGGCCAAUAAGGACAAAACCGGAGCUAGUGAUCCGUUCGUGGAAGUCCUAUACACGGAAGGAGAAAGCUCUAAGCAGAAGAAAUUAGGCAUUUCUGAAAUCAUUCAGGACAACAAUAAUCCAGUUUGGACUAAAGUAUUUGAAUUUCAGUAUGAUCCAGCUAAAAAUCAGAAAUGGUUUUUCGAAGUGAGAGAUUCUGAUGGUAGCGAUUCUGAUGGGCUCGGUGAAGUUUGGGUGGAUGUCAAGGAUUAUGUGACGAAAGGGCAGAAAAUUACGGUCAACAUGGUCAAAACUGGUUUGUUAACUAUUGAAGCACCCACACCAAUCAAGCCGGUCGCACCACCACCCCCACCCACCAAAGCUACGGCCCCACCUCCCACAAAAUCAACUCCGUCACCCAUUGUAGAUCUGAGAUUCAAACUUUCCGUCAAGAACGUUGAGGACAAAGAUAUCCUAGGAACGUCUGAUCCUUACAUUAAGGUUUAUACACAGACGGGCUCAGAGAAAGAAGUAUUUGUUGGAAACACUCAAAAGUUUCAGGAUCUCGAGAGUGUCGAAUUUCCAGAUAUUUACACAUUUACGUACAAUCCAGCAGUGAAAUCUACAUUCCGCUUCCUGGUUUUGGACGAAGACGACAACCGUUCCGACGACGAGCUGGGAAACGUGUCUUGCGACGUUGCAGAGUAUGUUAAAAGUGGGCAAGAUUUAACUCUCAGCUUGAAGAAGGGGACUCUCACCGUUAGGAAAGCGUAUUGAUGUGCAUUUCGCUUCACAAUUAUUGUGCAUAACUUCCAAACUUUCGAAAAUAUUUCAAUUUUUCUUCGUAGAUUUUUGAAAAUGAGGGCAAAUAAUAGCACCCCAAAGCUGGACAAAACAAUAAAAAAAUUUUCUUAAAAUUUCCACUAAAUACUCCAUGCAUGCACAUCUAUAUGAUUGUAUUUACGAAAUCAACAAUUAAAAUUCUUGAAUAAAUAAGAAAAUGUAAAAAACAA